AUGGAAAAGCUGCAGCUGCCAGAAUGGAACGAUAUCGAAAGAUAUUUUAAAGACCCCGAGUUGAUUACGGCGGAAAUCCUAUUUGUAGGUCUGACCCUGUGCAAUGUAUUCGUUAUGUACCGCCUGUUCCUAGAUGUGAUUCCUUUCCCCAUCUUUGUGACUUGGUGGCAGUUGGCGCAGGGUUUGCUGGUUGCCUAUGUAUGUGGGGAGUUAGGAAAGGAGUUCCCCAAGUUUGCCUACUUCCCAAAAGUAGAAAUAAAUGAAAAUAUGCUCAAGGUGUUAUUUGUCCCCUCCAUAUUCUAUUGUCUAAUGUUAGUGUUGUCUAAUUAUUUACUAUUUAAAACCCCUUGUAUAGCGUCCUACCCAGUUCUUGUUAGUUUCACGGUAGUAUUUCACCACCUCACUCGUUUUAUUGGGUGCGGAGAGGAGUACAUGCCUCUAAGGUGGAAAUCAAUAGUGUUCCUCCUAGCCGCUUUUGUAAUUGGCUGUUUUGAUUCCAAGACGACAGGGAAAGGAGUAAUCAUAUGGGCUCUACUAUAUGCACUAUUUUCAGCCAUUUUCAGAGCAGGCUUCAUGCAGAAAAUUAUGCAUCUUGUAGAUGGAAAAGGGAAUACAUUACACAACAACCAGCACCUCUUAGGGGUUCUACUCCUACCUAUACUGAUUGUACUGUCUGGAGAAUGGACCGUUUUUGGACACAUGCCAUAUAAUAUUAUGUCCUUGCAUACUUGGCAGAUGUGGGGUUGUUUGAUAACUGUAGGUACCUUGCCAUUUAUAAAAAAUGUGAUUUCUAACAGAUUGGUUAGAAGAACAGGACAAGGCCCAUGGAGAUUUUUAGAAAUAAUUUCUAUCGUGUUAGUUUUUUUUAUCGGGAUGACUUACAAUACUCCAUCCUUUUUAGGAUACGUUGCCAUCAUAUGUGUAAUUGUUGGUCGCUCUUUGGGUGCCUUUGAUGUCAUGCUGAAUGCAUCCGAUUAUAUGAUGGCAGAAGAUGAGAGGAAAAGGAAGACUUCCAAAGCGAACUAUGCCAAGAGUAGACAAGGGACUCAGGCAUCGAAGCCGUUCCUGUACUCUGGGGAUAACGAAGACGAUGAGGAGGAAAGCUCCUUCAGCUCGAAUGACAGCAGAAGUUAUCAGGGGUCUCAGGACUACGAUGAUAAGGACAGCGUGAAUAGUAGCUCUCAACAGUAUAGCGUCCACAAGGGGACGAGCAGAAUGGAUAGCUCUUCGAAUCAAACCAGCCACGCGGGGAUGUCUGGGGACGAGAGCAGACGGGGCAGCAGAAUGAGUGACGCCAAGGCCAAUGGGCGGGGUGCCAGUUUCCAUUCCAAGUCCAAGUUGUCCCGAAACUACUCCUCCAAGAAGCAGGAGCUUUGCUAUUAUGAUUGA